GCUGUGCUGCGAACUCAGAAAGGCGACGAUUGGAAGGGAACCAGAGUCGGCCUGAGCCGAGCGAAGCAUUUGUAUGCACUGGGUGACGACAAGGCUGUGAGCUCUGAGAAGGGUGAGAAGCGCCCUUUGGGCGGAGCUGGCUUAUUCGAAAAGGCGAAACCAUCCAAGCCAGACUCUGCUGCAAAGAACGAGCAGCAGAAUCUGAUCAUCGGAGGCGGUUCUGGGUCCAAGGCCAACAAGGACAUAGCCUUUUUGCUGGCCUGA